CUUGCUCUCUCUCUGUGUUUCACGUAACUUGUUACAAACCUUGAUCGUUGCCCUGUCUUGAAGUGGCUCCAUCCUGUGCUCUGUUUCAUCCCGGGUGUUUUAUAACUGCACCAACUCAACUCAACUCGACUUUCUGGAAAGAGGGCUCCUCAGAUAAAAAAAGAGCGGAACCCUGUGAACACGCCUCCUCCUCCUCCUUCUCCUCGACCAUCUGAAAACAGCAUUAAUCAGGCCUCUCUCGCGUGGGCGUGGUCUGCCCUAAAGAGGAGGAGUUGUUAGCGCGCGUGUAUGUUUGUAUGAGUGUGUGUGCGCGUCCUCUCCGGACCGCAUGAGAUGAGCUGCCUGCAGUCUUUGCAGCCACUGUUUUCGCCUUCUCCUCCUCCUCCUCCUCCUUCUCCACCACCACCACCACCUCCUCCUCCUCCUCCUCGCCUCUGUCUGCCUGUCCAGUCCGGGAAUGUUGACCACCGUGGCCUGAUCCAGCGCGUUUCCGAGUGUCCCUUCAUCUCCACGCUUCCACUCUCCGUGUUGUGGCUGAGGGUCGUAGCCUGACUGCCUGUCUGCCUGGCUCUGGUCUAGUCUGAUCUGAUCUGUUUCUAAGGUUCUCCUCUGUCCAUCUUGUAUUGAAACCGAGCCAACCAGACAAAUUGCACAAAAGUGCUGAAAAGCGCAAAGCAUGGCUGUGGCUGGAUGUCCGGAUUAUUUCCUGCAUCAUCCAAAUUAUCAGGGGCCCUUUUCAAAGGCGGAGCAGUGCAACGUCACGAUUGGAUGCGGUUGGGUUGGCCGGUACAGAAGCGAGCAGGACAACAUAGACCGGUCCUCCAAUCACAGACAGGCUGACCUCAUUGGUCCGAGCUUCCAGCAAUCAGCCAAUCAGAGCUCUCCUAACAAUCAAGAGGAUGACGUUGACUUGGAGGCUCUGGUGAAUGAUAUGAACUCUUCGCUGGAGAGCCUUUACUCUUCCUGCAGUGGUCAGCAGACAGAGUCGACCCCGCUACUGCACAACGGACAGACCUCUUCCUCACACCACCACCACCACCACCACCAUCAUCACACACAACACGGCCAUCCGCGGCAUCCGGGCCAGCACUCACACGUGUUAAGCCACGUCUCCCCCGAGCCGCCUUCCUCCUCCUCCUCCUCGGCAGACUCACCCCAGUCUAGCCUCCGACGGUCACAGCCAAUGCACAUCCUCGCCGUCAGGAGGUUGCAGGAGGAGGAGCAGCAGCUGAGGACAUCGUCUCUCCCGGCCAUCCCCAACCCGUUCCCCGAGCUCUGCAGUCCGGCCAGCUCACCUGUCCUCAGUCCCGGUUCUCUACCUCCCGGAGAACCAUCUUCAGGCAAAUACAUUGUGAAGAUCUUCAGUGAAGACGGCAUGGGGAAAGUUGUGGAGAUCCCAGCUGACAUGACAGCCAGGGACCUGUGCCAGCUCCUGGUUUACAAAAGCCAUUGUGUGGAUGACAACAGUUGGGCACUUGUUGAGCACCACCCGCUACUAGGGCUAGAGCGCUGUCUAGAAGAUCACGAGCUGGUGGUUCAGGUCCAGGCCACUAUGAACAGCGACGGUAGAUUCCUCUUCAGGAAGAACUAUGCCAAAUAUGAAUUCUUCAGAAACCCCCUGACAUUUUUCCCAGAGCACAUGGUUGCGUGGUGCCAGGAAACCAACCAUACGAUUCCGCCAUCUCAGCUCCUUCAGAACUUCCUAGCCACCAGUAGCUGUCCAGAAAUCCAGGGGCAUCUGUAUAUGAAGGAGGUGGGAAGGAAGUCGUGGAAGAAAGUUUACAUGUUCCUGCGGCGCUCGGGACUCUACUGCUCCACAAAAGGAACCUCAAAGGAGCCCAGACAUCUACAGUUACUAGCAGACAUAGAAGACAGCAACAUCUUUACUGUCGUCACGGGCAAAAAGCAGCACAGUGCGCCCACGGAGUACGAGUUCUGCAUCAAGCCCAAUAAAGGCAGAGGGGAGAUGAAGGAGCUGAGGAUGCUGUGUGCUGAGGACGAACAGAGCAGAACCUGUUGGAUGACUGCCUUCAGACUCUUUAAGUAUGGGAUUAUAUUGUACCAGAACUAUAAGAUUCCCCAGCAAAGAAAAACCUUACUUUCACACUUCUCAGCUCCUGUGCGGAGCGUAUCGGAGAACUCCCUCGUGGCCAUGGAUUUCUCAGGGAGGAUAGGCAGGGUGAUUGACAACCCUGUAGAAGCUCAGAGCGCUGCCAUGGAGGAGGGACAUGCGUGGAGGAGGAGUCAACGAAUGAACAUAUUAGGUUCCCACAGUCCACUACACCACUCCUCACUAAGCUCAGUCAUCCACAUAGCUCAGCUGUGGUUCCACGGCAGGAUGACCAGAGAAGAGUCCCAUCGCAUUAUCCAUCAACAGGGACAGGUAGACGGGUUGUUUCUACUGAGAGUCAGCCAGAGUAACCCCAAGGCGUUUGUGCUCACAUUGUGCCAUCACCAGAAAAUCAAACAUUUCCAGAUACUACCGUGUGAAGAGGAUGGCCAAGUCUUCUUCAGCCUUGACGACGGCGCCACCAAAUUCACCGACCUGAUCCAGCUGGUGGAGUUCUACCAACUCAACAGAGGAGUGCUGCCUUGUAGACUCAAACACCCGUGCACCGUCGUGGCCUUAUGACGUCUUCUGCUCAUCUCACCCCGCGACCCCCAACACUUGACCUGACUCUGCCUAACGCAAACCAAACAAAGUGAACCCUUCCGCCGAUCGGUUCUUUUUGUUUGCGCCUCUGUAAGAAGAAGCUGGUGAAUUGAUUGGCGUCGUUGCUCGUUGUCCUGUUUCGUCGCGAGUCCGCUGGAGACUGCUGACCUGUUGGAUCCCUCUCGAUUUGCAUGGAGCUCUGAGGAGUCGGACGCACAACUCGCCCCUUGAGGCUCGAGAGGAGAGGAGAUGGAGGAGAUGAACACUGCCGUCUGCGUCAACGCUGGUGCAGGAUCUUCCACAAUGUUGCCACCGAUAAUAGGCACGGACCCCUUAAGGUAACAUCGCACAGCUCAAGGAUAUGACUGUAUUUCCCUUCAACUGGACAAUCAGCAGGAGAGCCCAAGCUUUCGUUUGGACCGCUCUGCUUUCAGCUGACGAACAGUGGUCUCGUUCAAACUUUUUAUCACACGUCCUCAAAGAAAACGCCGUAGCUAGAUAGAGAUCUUCCUGUCUCUUAGUUUUAUACUCAUUGAAGUGGGUGUGGCCUUUCACAGCGCAUGUCUUCUCCACUGGCGCGUCGCCACUGCCCUCUAGUGUCGUAGGCAUGCAUGGACAUGUCCGGGUGAAAACUUGGGAGACGCAGGAACGGAGCGGUUGAAACAGAGUAUUCCGUGGACAAUACAAGACAAAACAACUAUCUGCAUCAACCACAUCUGCAGUCUGUUUGCUCGUCUCUGAUCUCGCAGGGUUUCCUCCUUCGCGACGCAUCGAUUGCAGUUAUCUGUCGUUGGCAAUAUUCUCUUUAAUGAGUCUGCUUCCUGGAUAUUUGCAGCUCUUCGUCGUACAUAUAAGCUACUCGUCACGUAUUUCCCGGGCGACUGCCACAAAAACAAAAUUGCAUAUUAAGCGAAGCACGGUGUCAUUCAGGGUAAAGAAACAAGGACAAAAAAAAAAAGCUAGAACAAUUCAGCAUUUGUUGACUGUAAUGGCGAAAUGUAAUUCGGGUACAGAGGAGGUAUUUGCAGAUACAUGCAGCGGGAUUAUCCAUUUUACUUAAUUACAGUCCAAUGCAUAAUAAUGUGUACCGUGAGUACCUUAUUUUUCUGUCUGAUUCUCCUCCUCACAGCACAGGGAAGGAUAACCACUAGCAUUUCCUUCUAGAGUUGUAUCCAAAUAACUGUCGAAACAAGCGAAAACGAAAUCUAUAUUAUAAUUUAUCAAAGACGUUCAGCCCAGCGAUGCAGUGGAUCCAGUGGGGAACAUCAGCCCCUGAUCUUCAUGUAUUUUAUUAUAAUUACAUAGACCUCCUGCCUGUUGGAAGUCAGUGAGAUGCUGUCAAACAUACAUGUGUGGUUUAGUGUGCUAGACUCACUGUGCAUUACAUUCCAUAUAAUGUGGCCUUUUUCUGCCUGGAAGUACUUGUUAACAAACCGGAUCCAUUUUACAGUAACGCAUUGUCACCGUAUUGAAGCUAGCUACCGCUGCGGUACGGAUAACAUGUGUGUGAAGGAGAGAAGUUUGUGACACUAUUCUAAACAAGUGACACACGGAUCUCCUUCUUUUCAGUCGCAUUUUCACGAACCUGCUGUUGGAUUAAAUGAAAACGGGCGUCAAAAAACUGGAAAUCAUACUUUAAACAUGCCCGUUCGGAUUAUUUUUCCCUUCAUUUGGGUUUACUGACCCGUACGUGAUUAUUUGUCUUCGAGUGGCGAUAACGAGAUCAUCAGACUGAGAGCACAGGGAGUGCGUGUUGUGCUCAUUUUUUGUCCCAGACAGCAUGUUAGUAAUAAAAGUCUGAAUAUACCGUAGGGCACAUCUGCAGUGGAGCUCCUGUAAUUAACCACAGCGAGAGGACGGUGUCAGCGCUGUGUCUUUAGAUUGGUCAGUUUUCAUGUCGAAUUGAUGCUGUCGUCCUCUUACAUGUCUGACACGGUGGGAAAUUCUCAAAAAAAUUACUCAAAUUCUCAUAAGGAUGCUAAAAGCCAAUGCCAAUGAAAUAGGUUCAGGACCUCCCCUUGGUGAAACGUCUCCCCCGCACACGGCAGUUUUCGUUGUUGGUGUCUUUGCAUUUGUACAUCUGAAAUUUCUCAACAUGUGUUAGCCCAACGUUUGGUGGUAGCUUUGUUUAGGCUACCCGUCAUCCACAGCCAUUUUAAUUUACCGGGAGACUGUCUCACGGUUUAUUAAUUAUCUUGAGAUGCAGAAUAGCAGCACUACUAUUGACACUGUGCAUGGUCAGCAUUAUUUAUCAGAAAAAAAAAACAAAAAAACGAUGCAAUGACUCUUUUCUUUUGUUUGUUAUUUUUUUAAUUGUUGCAGCUAAAUGUAUUUAUUUAUCUGGAUGUGACUGAUUACUUGAAAAUUUUAGAUGUCUUCUUCUUCUUUUUUUUUUUUCCUCAGCGCUGUUCUGUACAGUUUUCUCUUGUCAUUACCAUGAAAUGAUUUGACCGGUGUGAUUAUUAUUAUAAUCAUUGUAAUGAGAUAGCCGCUAUUGAUGUUUAUCUUUUCUUUUUUUUUUUCUGUUUGUUUUGAUUAUUCAGAAAUAAUUUUGUCAUCAUCAACACUUGUUAUGAAGUGAUGUUUAAAGCACACUGGCAUCCGUAGUGUUAACGUUGUCAUUCCAAUAGAGGAUAAAAAAAAUAAGAAAAUACCAGGUUUUUCCCAAAGCAUUGGCCACUAAAUUGAUUAUUAACUUAAUUACUGCUCUGAUUUCUCAUAAAUUAGUUGGAAAAAAAGAAAGGAAAAAAAAAAACUAUAUCUAACCAUAAAUGCUAAUAAUUUUCUCAUCAUCGCCAGCUUGUGGUGACCUAAAAUAGGGAAACGCAAAGACAGGUUUCAGCUAUAAACCUGCAAAUGCUUUGGUCAAGUAAUCCUCUGCAUUCUCAUAAUUCGCUUCUUGAACAUCCUGUCUUGCAGACUCACAUAUAGAAAUUUAAAAUCUAAGAUAGACUCUUAGAUUCUAACAACAACAACAACAACAAAAACUAUCCUAAAGAUACAGUGAUGCAUUGUCUAAUUUAUACCCCUAAAACUGCAACAAGGAACUCAGAGCACCAUUGUUAAAGUACUUUUCAUUGCUUUAACCAAUGUGUUUCACCAACUGCAUGAAUGUGGAUCAGGAGUCUUAAGCUGCUGAGGCAUCACUGACAUGUUGUUCUGCACUCAAACUCCCCAUCUAACUUCUGUCUUUUUUUUUUCUUUUUUUUUUUGUCUUUUGUGAAAUGUAGUAACGUGUCACAUGAGAGACAGGUCAGGUAGCUUUGGAAGGUGGAGUUUUAUGUAUGCAUAUCAGCCGUUGCAGGAUUUAACUUUUAUUCUGUAAGCAAAAAAAAAAAGAAAAAAAAAUAGAAGAAAAAAAAAGAAAAA